CAGCCAGAAAGCAAAGAAUCCCAAUCUCCAGAAGUAAUCUUCCAUUCAAUUAUGCCUAAUCUGCGUCUCCCACAAAUCACACCAUAAAUCAUCACCUACGUACUAUUCAGAGUGACGGAGAAGAACAUGGGCACCACUCUCGUUCAUGUCAUUAGCGCACUUUUGCUUGUUGCCUCAGUAAAUAUUCAAGGAAUUGAAGGAACUAUUGGUGUUAACUAUGGCACGGUGGCCGACAACCUACCUCCGCCAGCUGAAGUUGCACAUUUUCUCCUCGAAAACACCAUUAUCAAUCGUGUGAGGCUUUUUGAUGCCAACCCUGAAAUUUUAGAAGCAUUUGCUCACACUGGUAUUGCCAUUACAUUAACUGUCCCCAAUAAUGAAAUUCCACAGCUUACAAAUCUCAGUUUUGCACAACAGUGGGUCACAGCCAACAUUACACCUCAUUUUCCUGCCACCAACAUAGUCCGGAUUCUUGUAGGGAAUGAAGUAGUUUCCAGUGCUAGCAAAUUGUUGAUAACCAGUCUUGUCCCUGCAAUGCAGACGCUCCACACUGCCCUUGUUGCUGAGUCUUUAGACCAUCGUAUUAAAGUUUCAACUCCACAUUCCCUAGGUAUUCUUUCGAGCUCAAGCCCACCGUCCAGUGGGAAAUUUCGGCAAGGUUAUGAUACUCAUGUGCUCAAGCCAUUGCUAAGCUUCCUGAGAGCCACGGAUUCACCUUUUCUAGUGAACCCAUAUCCAUUCUUUGGCUGCUCUGCGGACACUCUAGAUUAUGCACUAUUUAGGCCCAAUUCAGGCGCUUUUGAUGACGACACAAAGUUUACCUACACAAACAUGCUAGAUGGCCAAUUAGAUGCAGUUUUCUCAGCACUAAAGCUCCUGGACUUUUCUGAUCUCGAGAUUGUCAUAGCUGAAACAGGCUGGCCCUCAAAAGGAGAUGCAGGGCAAGUUGGCGUUGAUGCCGAUACGGCAGCUGAAUACAACAGAAAGCUCAUGCAGCAUGUAACAUCUGGGGUUGGGACACCCCUCAUGCCGAACAGAACAUUUGAGACGUACAUUUUUGCUCUUUUUAAUGAGGAUUUAAAGCCAGGGCCAACUUGCGAGAGAAAUUUUGGUCUCUUCCAGCCAGAUAUGACUCCAGUAUAUGACAUUGGAAUUCUCCGGCCAACGGCUAAAGCGAAUUUCCCUUCCUACCCAACCCCACAAGCUGCACCAGUCAAUCCCAGUCCAAUCCCGGCUUCAGGGGCAAAACGAUGGUGUCUGCCGGAGACAGGAGCUAAAGAAGAUGCAUUGCAGAAGAAUCUUGAUUAUAUAUGUGGAUUGGGAAUGGACUGCAAACCAAUCCAAGAGGGCGGAGCAUGCUAUCUUCCCAACACUGUUCGAGGUCAUGCAGCCUAUGCCAUGAAUGCAUAUUAUCAAGCUACGGGAAGGAAUGAUUACGCCUGUGACUUCGGAGGAACUGGAGCCAUCACCAAAUCAGAUCCAAGUUAUGGGAACUGCAAAUACUGAAAAGAAGAAACUGGGAUUCACGGAUGCUUGGCUGCUAAAUUCUGUUGUUCAGAGCUGUGAAGCAAGAAAUGUCAUAUGAGCACUGUAAUGUGAGGAUAACGAGUAAUAGUGGAAGAAUAGUAUAGACUUUACAGGGUGCAAAAAUUUAAGAGGAAUUCUCUGCUAAGCAAGAAAAAAUUUUAUGUACCAAAGUUUUGAGUUAUUUGUAGGGUAUGCAGUCCUAACGAUUUGUUGUAUCCACUAUCCACAAGCUUUUCCACUCC